GUGAAGGUGCAGCCCCCUAUUCCAUGAAUGUGGAAAACCUGGUUUUUCUUGAAAACAUACAAUAAGGAGCCCAGCAGCAUCACCAUCUCUCUCUAUUUUUAUCAAACUAGCUGCGGCCUCUUGUAAUAAUAAUGUAUUUUUAAAAUUGAAGAAUAAACUAUUACUUGUAGUACAGGCAGACUUGUAUGCAGUACUCCCAGCGGCUUUUGCAAAACCCAUCUGGUCACGUUUACCUUCUUAGCCCCCUCCCCUAUAUAUCUCUCUUACUUUUUCAAAUCAUUUACUUCCCAUUCCAGAUUUCCAGAGUCGCUCACAAUAAACCACCCUAACAAACCCAACAAAAGAAAAAAGGAAAAAAUUAUUAGCAUUUUGGCUCAAGCAAGUCUCAAGUAAAAUCAACCACAAUGCGGAUGAGUUGUAAUGGAUGCAGAGUCCUUCGUAAAGGAUGCAGCGAGAAUUGUAGUAUCAAGCCUUGUCUUCAGUGGAUCAAAAGCCCUGAAUCACAAGCCAAUGCCACUGUUUUCUUGGCUAAGUUUUACGGCCGAGCUGGGCUCAUGAACCUCGUCAACGCCGGCCCUGAUCAUCUCCGUCCUGCGAUAUUUAGAUCUUUGUUAUACGAGGCCUGUGGGAGGAUCGUGAACCCGAUUUACGGGUCGGUCGGGUUGCUGUGGUCCGGUAACUGGCAACUUUGUCAGAACGCGGUAGAGGCGGUCUUGAAAGGGGCUCCGAUCACACAAAUAGCUACUGAAGCUGCGGAGACCAACAAUGGGCCCCCUUUGAAGGCUUACGACAUUCGUCACGUCAGCAAGAACGAUAACAAACUCGACGGGUCGGGUACUGAUCUUCACCGGGUCAGGUCCCGGUGCCGGUUCAAGCGAUCCUCGGCUAAAUCGAAAGCUGGAAAGGUUGACGUGAGACCGUUGGUGGAGGAUGAUCUCAGUCACGAUGAGGAGAACCGGUCGACGAGCCACGAGUCGUCGUUGAGCCACCAGUCUGAGGCAGCGGCGGCGGCGGCGGGGAAUGUGGAAGGAGAGAGCCGGAAUUCCGAGAGCUUGGCUUCCGAAGAGACGGCUGAAGCUGAGAUUCUAGAAACAGUCGAUGACGGGUCAGCGUUGGGUUCAACAACUACUGCAGAUAAACAAUCUGAGUUUGGGGAAAUUGAGCUGGAAUUGACGUUGGGGUUCGAAUCAUGUUCUAGAGCUUCCGCUUCGAAGCCGAAACAAACGUGGCGGAAUGACGCCGCUGACGUGGAUGCGUCGUGCCGGAUGGAGCUGGGGCUGCAUUAUUCGGCUUGAAUAGAAGCCGACCAGCUUUUUUUUUUUUUGGCAUGUUGAAAACUUUUUGUUUAAGUUUUUGUCUUGCAGCACUGAGUUUUGUUUUUAAUUUUUAGUUUUCCUUUUUUGGAGGCCUCUUUCACUAGCUAGCCAGUAUGACGUGUGAAAGAGUGCUGCUGAGAGAUGUAUAGAGAAAGAGAUAAAAUGUACACAAUUAAGGCACAAAUGUUAGAAGGAAGGAAGGAAUAUCAUCGAUCAAAUAGAAAAAAAGUCUUGCUUGCAAGACAUAUCUUCUUGAGAAUUCAUUUCAAUUUAUGUAUUGACUUUUUUUUGUUCACUAUAUCCCAAACUAAAUACUAGUACAUCUGAAUUAUGUGUUAAGCAAGAGAAAAAUUCACAUCCAAUUAACAUUAAUAUCAAUACUCGGUAUGAUGGGAUGCCAUUAUCCAAUAAUCAGUCUCCAUAAUAGCCCUUAAGAGGUAAUGGACAACUAUAUUUGGGCGAGCUCUAAAUCGAUU